AUGGAAGUUGAUUGGGAUCUUCACGCCGUCGUUAGAGGCUACUCCGCCAUGACCUCCGCCGCCUCCUCCGCCGCUGUUCCUUCUUCCGACUCCUACUCUGUUCCUUCCAAUUCCAAUAACUCUGUUCCUUCCAAUUCCAAUAACUCUGUUCCUAUGGCGUUUGGCAGAGACCAAACGAACCGUAUGUUGUCGCUUCAAGAUCCGUUUGAUGGGUCCAAUUGUAAUUCUACUGAGGAAUUGCAGGAGUUUUUCAACCCCUUUUUACCUAAAUCUCAACGCUCACCACCACUGCCGCCGCCUGCUCCGCCGCUUCUUUCUUCUCCGGCGGUCAAAAUUCUGACCCAUCAGAAGCAACUACAGAACACCCAUCUCCCUAAACAGCUCCAUUCAACCUCCGUUUCUGCUCCGAGAUCCAAACGCCGGAAGAACCAGUUGAAGAAAGUCUGUCAAGUUCCGGCGGAGGCUCUGUCCUCGGACAUUUGGGCUUGGAGAAAAUAUGGACAAAAACCCAUCAAGGGAUCUCCAUAUCCAAGGGGAUAUUACAGAUGUAGCAGUUCAAAGGGUUGCAUGGCCCGGAAACAAGUGGAGAGGAACAGAUCCGAUCCGGGAAUGUUCAUAGUUACUUACACGGCGGAGCACAACCACCCGGCGCCAACUCAUCGGAAUUCCCUCGCCGGCUCCACCCGUCAGAAGCCCAACACGCCGACACCCACCGACGCCGGAUCGGAAAAACCCGACGCGAAACAGCUCGUUUGCUCGUCCGAAGAUCUGAGUACGAUCAUGGAGAGCAAAGAAGAAGAGAAAGAGGAAUCAUUGGCGGAAGACGAAGAAGACAACGAUCUGGGGGACUCUGAUUUAAUCGUCAACGACGAUUUCUACGUGGGGUUUGAAGAACUCGACAGUCCUAACGCCGACGACUGCUUUUCCGAUGAUUUUCCGGCGAGUUUUGGACUUCCAUGGCUGUUUAACAAUGCUCCGACCGCCACUAGCAGCAUUUAACUAAAACCCAGAUGGAGGAAUUGUAAAACUCCCCUGUUAAAGCAAUUUCCAACCCUUCCCCCUCCCUCCUUUCCUUUUCCAAUAGAGAUCUGUAAAAUCAAACAAAACAGAGCAAAGAUCUUAACAGUGUUUUAGCUGGCCUUAUUAAGGAAGACGAGGCAGUUCAUUUCUCA